AUGUGUGAAAAUCAAUCACUACCAACAACUUUACCUUUCAUAGUUCGUUCUAUGAAAGAAUUAUUUGAAUAUAUUAAUGAAAAUAUUCUUGAUCCAUUUGAUUUCAACUCUUCAAUCAAUGGUUACGAUGAAAUAUUACAAGGUGACAGUCUGAAAAUUUAUACAAAUUUAAUAACAGUUGAAAACUUUCCUAGUGUCGUUUACAAAUCAUUUGAUGAUUCGAAUAGUGGUGGAGCAAUGCAUUCUCAAAGGAAUUUUCCUGGACAUGCAUUCGAUUCAAAAACAUCUGAUGAUCCUGAAUCACUUUCAAUAGGUAAAACUUCAUCACCUUUAAAUGAAAAUAAUGCUGAUGCAGGAUGUUUUAAUGACGACGAAUGGAUUAUUGAAGAUUCUGCAUCAUUGAAAAUGAGACCUCCAAAAUUAUGUGAAUUUCUUCAUCUACUUCUUAAUAAUCCACGUUAUGCUUCAUAUACAUCUUGGGUAAAUAACAAUGAAGAUUUAUUUAAAAUUCAUAAUCCAGCGAAAGUUGCUAGCCUUUGGAGAAAAAUAAAAUUACGACGAACCCAUAGACCAAUGGAUUAUGAGACUUUUUCACGUGGUAUUCGAUAUUAUUAUAAAUCUGGAUUAAUGAUUAAAACACAUAGAAGACAUACUUAUCGUUUUGCUUAA